AAAGGACAUAACUUUCACAAACCUUUUCUCCACACUCUUCUCCGAUCUCUUGUCCCAAACCUCCUGCAAUCUCCUCCUCGAGAUUAGGCAUAUUUUCAAGCAUAUUGCGCAGUACUAUGACAUCACUCAUAGUACCGAACUUGCCUGCAUUUUCCUCUUUGCGCUUCCCACCAAUAAUCUUACCCUUACCACCUGGCUCGGCCCAUCCUCCACCAUCUGCGUCGGCUUUCUUCCGCCGCUUCUCGACUUGAACACGCAAAGGAUUGACAAUUCCUGACUCAUCGGCACCGAGGCCACUGCCCUUUGUCCAUCCGUAUUUGCUCAUCAAUCGAUGGGCAAAACCAGACUGGCCUGGACGGCUUGAUCGAGCCCGAGAAUCGUCAUCAGGUUGUUCCGGAAGACUAGACCCAAGAGCUGGAGGCGGGGAAUACGCAUCGUCUUCGACAUUAUCCCCUGUUGCGUCUUCGUUGUCAUGUGGCUUUGAAUAUCUUACGGGAGCGCGUGAUAUGGUGGCUGGAUUAGAAGGCUGAGAGGGUGAUGCCUGUGCAGCAGGAGGAGGAGCGUCCCUUUGAGAUAUAGCUAAGCGGCGAGUAAAUGCAUCGUCCCCACUAACAUCGCCUGGAGGUGGUGCUGGGGGUGAUUGAGGCGGUGGUGGUACGAAAGCAUAUGACGAAGGUGGAGCGAACUGAUCUGAUAAAGGUAAGAAUUUAACGAAGAGGUUGUUGGCAGCGAACUCACUUGAGGAAACAUGACGGGUUUGUUCGUCCUCGUCCUCGUCUGAGAGGUCGCUUUCGUCGCGUUUACGCCGGUGCCUAUAAAGCAAGGCUUUCCAAUCUCUGACCUCUUGGACUUUCUCAUCACUAUGCAAGUACUCUUCAACAUUAGUUGGCCGUGUAGGGUCAUAAAUAUCGUCCCAAUUCGUCUCAAAUUCCUCUUGUUGUCUCUUUUUCUUCUUCUUGCGACCUCCACGCUGACGCUUUUCACCCAUACCAUACAUCCACUCAUCUUCCUCGGUUGCGGCCCAGUCUGCAAGCGUAGUCUUCGGUUGCACAGGAGCGGGAGUAGCAGAAUUCAAAGCCUGCUUAGAAACAGCUGGCUUGGGGAAUGCCGGCUUUGGCUUGGCUUGCUUCACCUGUGGACGACGUAUAGGUUGAAAGCGAAGAGCGGGAUCAAUGGGCUUCUUGACGGCAAUUUCUGCAGAUGUGUCUUCUGCUUGGCUGUACAGAACAGGGGCUGAAGAUAUUGUCGCUGAGGUUGAAGACGUAUCGUUGGGAUCCAGCAGAUUCUCAUAGAGAGAUAGCCCUCCUUGAGGUGGCGGCGGCGGAGCUGCCAUUGUUGCUAUUCAGAGCUAUUGUAUGAUGUAUGGAGCUAUGAAAGCUUGAAGAGCCGAGUCUUGGUAUUUCCUGGUUCAAGGGAUGGUUGCGUAAGUUGGGCUUCGAGCUUUAUGCCGAAGUUAUCUCGAUUUAUACACAACUGUAUAAGUCUGGAUUAGGUUCCAUGGUUGAUGUGAGAGCUUGCGACAGAGCAAAUGCGCCGGGUAAUUAGCGGUAGUCACCCACGUUAUAGGUACCUAGUUACUAAGAUAGUCCGCCCCGGGCAUUGAUGGAAGCUUGAAUGAACUCCACCAAUCGGUAGGUACUUAGGUAUCUACCUUACUCAAGCACCUGCUCUGCAUGUACCCCUCCAAUAACUUGAACCCCGCCAAAACUUUGUUGGAGAAGGAAGCUUCCCAGUCCAUUCACCUCUCAUCACCGCGCGGUAACUGGCAUGAGCUUUUGUUUAUGCCUACCCACCUGCCUACCUGCCUGAGUAUUUCUCUCGACUUAGGCUAACCCAUACCCCAACCUUUUCUCAUUUUCCACAUCUCUUUUCGAAGCCUUUUCGGCGUCGGCUCGUGCAGGAUAAAGGAACAUCGUGAUCUUGCCGGGCAGUUUGUUUUCUAGCGCCUGCUCCAGGGCCUCGAGAACUUUACCACCGCCUCCCCCCCCACCGUACCGACUUCUCUCCUUCCACCCUGCGAUCGCCGAAACGUAUUCUUACAACAUAACACGGCACUCGCCAUGGCUGAUCUUGCGAGCCGAAUUACAAAGCCUGAUGAGGCUGCUGCGGAUCCUCCAGCCGACAGUGCUCCCGCCUCUACUGGCGAACUUGGUCAAGCCGACGGUAACAUCGAGGACCUCGGUGGCUCUGGUCUCCAUGAGCCUGAAUGGGAUGUCGAGGUCUCCCUGAGCGAGCUACAGAACAAUGAAGCUACUCCCUUCCACUCUGCCACCACCUGGCAGGAUCUUGGCCUGUAGGCGGUGAUCAUCUCAUUCUGGGAGAAACAUCACUGACAUUUCUAUCUCAGCCGCGAGGAUAUUCUGAAGGGUCUCCUCAGCCUUAACUUUCUGAAGCCCUCCAAGGUACAAGGCAGAUCACUUCCGCUGAUGCUCAGCGAUCCGCCGCGAAACAUGUUGGCGCAGUCCCAGUCUGGUACUGGCAAAACCGCUGCCUUUGUGACCGCGAUAUUGUCGCGAGUUGACUUCAGCAAACCUGACCAGCCCCAAGCUCUUGCUCUUGCACCUAGCCGAGAGCUUGCGCGACAAAUUGAGGGAGUUAUCAACGCCAUCGGCCGCUUCAUCGAGAAUAAGAAGGUUGCUGCUGCGAUCCCCGGCGCACUCCCUCGUGGAGAACCCGUCAGAGCUAGUGUCAUUGUCGGUACUCCAGGUACAGUGAUGGACAUCAUUCGACGCAGACAGUUAGAUGUCUCUCAGCUCCGCGUCCUUGUCCUUGAUGAGGCCGACAACAUGCUGGAUCAGCAAGGACUCGGGGACCAGUGCCUUCGGGUCAAGAACAUGCUCCCCAAGGACAUUCAGGUCCUUCUUUUUUCGGCCACCUUCCCCGAGAAUGUCAUGAAGUAUGCCAGCAAGUUCGCGCCCAACGCCCAUAGUCUUAAGUUGCAGCGUAGCGAGCUCACGGUCAAGGGCAUCUCUCAAAUGUUCAUCGACUGCCCAGAUGAUAACACCAAGUACGAUAUUCUUUGCAAGCUUUAUGGAUUGAUGACCAUCGGCCAGUCAGUCAUCUUCGUCAAGACACGAGAAAGCGCCAACGAGAUUCAGAGGCGAAUGGUAGCAGAUGGUCACAAGGUCUCUGCACUCCAUGCCGCCUUUGAUGGAUUCGAGCGAGAUGAUCUUUUGUCCAAAUUCCGCCAGGGCGAGAACAAGGUUCUCAUUACCACCAACGUUUUGGCUCGUGGUAUCGAUGUUUCCAGUGUGUCCAUGGUUAUCAACUAUGACAUCCCCAUGAAGGGAAGAGGUGACACUGAACCGGAUGCCGAGACCUAUCUGCACCGUAUUGGCCGAACCGGUCGAUUCGGCCGUGUCGGAGUCAGCAUCAGCUUCGUUUACGAUAAGAAAAGUUUCGAUGCCUUGAGCAAGAUUGCCGAGCAGUAUGGUAUUGACUUGGUCAAGCUCGAUACUGAGGACUGGGAUGAGGCGGAGGAACGAGUGAAGGAAGUCAUCAAGAAGAACAGAGCUCAAGCUUCGUAUGCCCCUAGUGCGACUGAGCCUAAGGCUACCGAGGGUGCCUAGAACUUGCCCGCGUACGGAGUUCAUCCUGGAUUCCAUAAUGGUUUCGGGAACAACGGACCACGCUUUAACGGUAUGGCCUAUAGCGGCAUGAACCAGAAUGGGAUAGUCUACGAUCGCAUGAGGUUUUGAGGCUAUAAUCGCCACAAUACAAUGAUUUGAUUCAGCGGGAGGUGCGAUGAGGCGACCUAUCGCUGUCACCGGCCAGCGGUUUGUGACCUUUUCGAAAUGCGACAGAGUUAAGAUGGACUGUGGGAUAUUGAGGAUGCAAAUAGGCGAGAAAAGCUAGCUACCCUGUGUCUGUCUUUUGCAGGAUGGAGAUACCAAUAACAAAAAAAAAAGGCUGUCAUCAAAUCAUUGUCCGCAUGGCGUUUCUUCCACAGUCGUUGAUACCCAAAAAAAAAAAAAAGUUGUCUCACAAGGCGAGCUUGGCCUGUUCAGGCAGUGUCACAUCUCGCUACCUGGAUACUCAGUUAGGCUUGAAAGAAGCAGUAAUAGGUACCAUGGAGAUCGAGUAGAGCUAGCACAGGCCUUGUUUCUCAUGAAUUAUAUGUUGAUACCAACCGAAAAGUAAGAUGGUGAAGUUCUGCCGUGAAAGGGACCCAGCCUCGUUCACAUGUUCGCCGUCCAUAUUUCUCUCCAACUGUCACUUAUUAUUAAUCCUUGGCGGCCUAGCCUUGGUCAAGAUUUUUCAUGAUCCAGCCUCU